UCCCAUAAUUCUAUGAUUGUCAAUAAAAGUAUGGCGGCAUACGAUGCAUCGGCGGGGAAAUGGAAGGUUUUGGGGUAGAAAAAGAGGAGAUAGGGGUAAAGGACCGCCAAGAGAUCGACCAACGUUUCAUAGCAGAAACGUUUACAUUGUAGCAGCUCCACUUUUAUUCAUUUUUGCUAUCCUUCGAAUUAUCGCCUAUCAGUUGUGGGUCGUUUUGGAGAUUCUUGUUGGGAGAUCUAAAGCCAUACUGCCUUCGGCAUGUCUACCAAACCAAAAAGGAAAAUACAAAUGCCAAUCUGAAGCUGAGGAAGGCAUGUCGGGGGCUGCCAAAGCGAGCGUUGGUCCCGCGGCCCCGGCCCUGGCCACACAGAAGCACCAUCACAGGAAGGCGUUCGAGUAUAUCUCCAAGGCCCUGAAGAUAGACGAGGAAGAUUCAGAGAGGAAGGAACAGGCCAUUGAGAUGUACAAGAAAGGCAUUGCUGAGCUGGAAAAGGGAAUUGCUGUCAAUGUGGGCCAAGGUCAAGGUGACCACUGGGACAAAGCACGUCGACUACAACAGAAGAUGAUGACCAAUAUGGUGAUGGCCCAGGAUCGACUGGACAUCCUCGAUAAGAUGCUACAUUCCUUAGCUGUAACUUCCGUCCCUACCGAUGCUGCUACAUGUUUACCUAAUCCGUCCGAAUCGUCUGAAUCCAAGGAAAAAUCACAACCCUUCCCUAGUGCCAACAGCAUAGACACAAAAUCCACUGUGCGUGCGCGGAAACCUAUCGGAAAAGACGUUCCCAAAAGCAAUAAUAAGACUAAAUCAGACGAAUCCACAGCAUCCAGCAAGAUGUGGAAACCUAUGAAACAGCCCCUGGCAGUGCACAAGAGUAACACCCUUCCUCGUAACAGUCGCCCUGCCAGUACAGGAGGGUCCUCCUCUGCCACCUCCUCACCAGCACGCAAGUUCUCACACCAAAGGCAGCACUCGCAACAGAACCCUGGGGGUCGUCCUGCAAAAAAGGACUUGUCUUCCCUUAAGUUGAAGAACAUUGACAAGAAGCUUGCAGAGACCAUCAUUAAUGAGAUAGUGGACACUGGUCCUCCAGUGCAGUUUAAGGACAUUGCUGGUCAGGACACAGCAAAACAAGCUCUUCAUGAAAUUGUGAUACUCCCCGCCUUAAGACCGGAGUUAUUUACUGGUCUGCGGGCACCAGCCAGGGGUCUGCUGUUGUUUGGUCCUCCAGGGAAUGGUAAAACUAUGUUGGCUAAGGCAGUGGCCAAUGAGUCCAAUGCUACUUUCUUCAACAUUAGUGCCUCAAGUCUCACAUCCAAAUGGGUAGGGGAAGGAGAGAAGUUGGUGAGGACAAUGUUUACCCUGGCCCGGGAACUCCAGCCUUCUGUUGUGUUUAUGGAUGAAAUUGAUUCUUUGCUUUGUGAAAGAAGAGAGGGAGAAAAUGAUGCUAGUAGGCGAUUGAAGACAGAAUUUUUAGUGCAGUUCGAUGGGGUGGCAGGUAGUUCUGAUGACCGAGUGUUGAUAAUGGGGGCGACAAAUAGACCACAGGAGCUGGAUGAUGCUGUUCUCAGACGGUUUGCGAAGAGAGUGUAUGUGAAUAUGCCUAGAAAAGAGACUCGCAAGUCCAUGCUUACACAGCUACUGGCCAAGCACAGUAACCCACUGACCAGUGAUGAACUGUCAGAAGUAGCAAGGUUAACAGAAGGGUACUCCGGCAGUGACCUCAAUGCCUUGGCAAAAGAUGCAGCACUGGGACCAAUCAGGGAUUUGUCAGCAACAGAGGUUAAGACUGUGGAUGCAAAUAAGGUGAGGGGUAUAAAGUACAGUGAUUUCAUGGAGUCCAUAAGAAGAAUCAGGAAGAGUGUGCCUGCCGAUACGUUAUCUAAGUAUGAACAGUGGAACUUGGAAUAUGGUGCCCUGGGUGUGUGAAGUUACGGGAGCUUGGGCGAGAGGAGAGACAGGGUGCAGGGGCGAAAGCAGAUGGCAGAUUUCAGAGGUCACAUAGACACAAGUCUUCAUGUCCAGUAAUCUUGCACAGAAGUAUAACACUCAGUAGCAGGGAGAUAUGACUUGACUCUGGUUUCAUAAAAUUCAUAAGUAUUUAAUUUUGAAUUUUGUAGUUUUCUUGAAUUUGGAAAAUUGUCGAUGUGUCGUACUCCUUUCGGUACAAGUAAUACAUUAUAUUUGCAAUUGUUUUUAGUAAAAACAUUAACAAUGCCUAAACUAUUACUCCUGAGAUGAAGAGCGGGUUGGGUUUGAAGCUGUAUGCAAUGUAACCUUUGAAAUAUUGAAGGUCAAAAGCCAGUUGUUAAGUUGCUCCACUGCUGACGGUACCGACAUGCAAUUGAACUUUAGUACACAGACAAUGAUUGCAGGGCAGAACAUGUACCUAUUUUACCUUUGAAUUAUAUCAAUGAGUUCAAAUUUGUUUUUUUAACUACAUUCCAAAUAUUAAAAUAUAUAUAUUUUUUGGUAAUAAGUUUUUAUUUUGAAUUUUUCAAACAUUAAUUGAAGGAUCUAUUUGGAGUAAACAGGUGAAUGUAUAACAAAUACUCUAAUGUUUUUGUCCGUUAUGGUAUUAAUUAAAGGUUGCUUCUGCCUUUGUUGUGUUACUCUAAUACUUAGUUGUGAUAAGGAAUUAUACCGAAAUAUUUCUGAAGGCAAGGCAUCAGCGUCCAAUGUUUAUGAGCUUUGAGGUGUGGUCCAACACAAUCCAAUGUUUAUGAACUUUGAGGUGUGGUCUAACACAAUUCUAUAAUGCUAUUCAUUUUGUUGGGUAUUGUGUUAGAACAAAGGACUAACCUCAUUUCUCCUCGUUUUCAGUAAUGGGUUUAGUCUGACCUUGUUUUGAAUCAUUAUGUUAAAUGGCAGCCUAUAAUACAGGAUAAUCCCAAGCUUGAGAAAGUCUUCAGUGACCUUGACCCUAUAUUAAUUUUUAAUUAAAUAUUCAAAAGAUAAUGUGACAUAUAUGUGUGAUUGCUUAUCUGACUAUAUGAUACAAAUUUGUUCGAUAACAGUUUUUGAUUCCAUUAUUUUUGCUUUAUUAUCAUUAUUAAGGUUACCUAAAUAUGGUAUAUCUUUUAGUGCUGUAUCUACAAGUGUUACCAAUGCCUUUGAAUUUAUAUUAAAUUCAUUACAAACUGAAGUUGGUGAAAUCCUUAAUAGAUUUAAAAUUUAUGAAUUGGGCCUAGUUGUGGAAAAGCUAAUUAGCUUAAUCAGAGUGAACAUCUCAUUUCUCCUUCUCUUCAAAACCCCAGUGUGUAUAUUCCUAAAAGUUGGCAAGUAGGAUAGACUGAAGCAUGCAUGCAUUGUACAUGUCAAGCUAAUUUUACCAGAAAUGAUUUUAUCAUUUAAAAAAAAAA